AUGGACAUGGAAUCACAGCCUUUUAGAGGCCAUCUUGUCAAUGGAGUCGCAACAAGUCGAACCUACCAAGAAGUGUACGCCGAGAAUGGUCGGUGGUACGGAACUUUUAAAAAGGGGAAGUACAUGUUCCCCAUUGAUGAAACAGAACUAGAAAGGCUGGACGUCUUUCACAAGAUAUUCCUUGUUGCUCGCAAAGAUAUAUCUCAUAUCUCCCCUCUCCACGACCAGGAGUCACCACGCAUAUUGGACUUGGGAUGUGGCACCGGUAUUUGGGGGAUUGAAUUGGCGGAUAUCCCUGCCAACAUGCGAUUCCUCCAGAUGGACAUCGAAGACCAAUGGCAGGACAUGGACCCCGGCUCCUGGGACCUCAUACAUAUGCGUUCACUUAUCGGAAGCAUCAGCAACUGGCCUAGGGUGUACGCGGAGGCAUACCGGCACCUGAAGCCGUACCAUGGCCACUUUGAACAAGUUGAGAUAGAUUGGCACCCCCGAUGCGACGAUAAUUCCCUUCGGAGGGACGGCUUUGUCACGCAAUGGGCGAAAGAGCUUUUCGAUGCUAUGGACAGUUUUGGCCAUCCGAUGCAUGUAGACAGCAAUCUCACCAAACAACGGCUAGCGGACGUUGGUUUUGAGGACAUCAAGGAGGAAGUCAUUCGGAUGCCUGUGAACGGCUGGCCCGACGACCCCCACGGCAGAACCCUUGGCCGGUGGUUCAACCUCGGGAUGCGGCAGGCGCUCUAUCCCCUCAGCCUGGCCCCUUUAUGCCGCGGCGGUGGACGAACUCCGUCCGAGGUCCGAGAGUUGGCCGAAAAGGCGAGGGAUGAAGUUUACAGCAACAGCGUGCAUGGGUAUUGCACAUUACACGUCUUCACAGCUAGGAAGCCACGGUGA